AUGGCAUUUCGAACUGAGGAUAUCCCUACCGUUUUGUUGCGAGCAACAUCUUUGCUGGUCUUCUUCGUGGUGGCAAAUUUCCUCUACAAUGGGUACAAAGUACGGAUGAGGUUCAGAGCGCUAAAGGCGCAAGGCAUCCCUAUCAUGCCGCAUUCUCUACUUUGGGGUCAUCUUCGCUUGCUUGGAGAAUACCGCAACUCUUAUCCGUUGGACAACAGCAGUAACCACCUGUCCAUCUGGCUGGUCGAAAAGUGGGAAACUCUGUUCCCUGGUGAGAAAAACUGUCCCGUAGUGAUGUAUCUUGAUGUGUGGCCCGCCGCCGAGCCAGUGAUAUUCACAACACACCCUAAGGUCAGCGCGCAGUUUACUCAGGUGAAGAGCCUACCGAAGUCUCAAAUGGAGUUGGAUUACUUGAGGCCUUUGACGCAGAACAAGGACAUGGUAUCGUCGGAUGGCGAGUAUUGGAAGAGGUGGCGCUCGGUCUUCAACCCCGGAUUUAGCUCUCGCAACAUUACUGCACUCAUCCCGUCCAUGGUGGACGACAUGUUGACCUUUGUGAACGUCCUUGAAUCAUACGCAGAAAGGGGCGCAAAGCAGGGCCAGGUCGUACAACUUGAGAAGCUGACAACCAACCUGACCUUUGACAUCAUUGGAAAAGCUACACUCGACCUGAAGCUGAACGAGCAAUCUGGCAAAAGUAGUAUCCUCAAGACGGCGAUGACGACGAUGACGAAGCGCUUGGGGACGCGUUUCAGCCUAACAAGGACUCUGGCGAUGCUUAACCCUUGGUCCCAGCUCCACCAAGACAAUCGAGUCAUGAGAGAAGUUCUGAUACCUCAGAUCGAGCGCUAUCUCCACUCCUUGGGUUCGGUCAGGGAGACCAAGACCAUCAUGGAUCUUGCGGCCUCGUCCUUGGAGAAAGAGAGCAACAUCAACGACAUCAGGGAGGACCCAGAGUUUCUCACCAGUCUCUUGGAGAAUCUCAAGGCUUUUCUCUUUGCCGGGCAUGACACCACGGCGACUACAAUCUGCUGGUUAUUCAAACUGCUGGAGGAGAAUCCCGAGUGUAUGGAUAGGGUGCGUCACGAGCAUAACGAGAUAUUGGGCCCGAAUCCCGCAGAUGCCACGGAGCUGAUCACGAAGUCACCCCAUGUUCUUAACUCAAUGCCUUAUACCAUGGGCUGCAUCAAGGAGACCUUGCGACUGUACACGCCGGCGUCUACGGCACGGGCUGGCCAGGCGGGCUUCUUCCUCUCGGAUCCGAUGUCCAACUUGCAGUACCCCACCGAAGGUUUCAGCAUCGGGGACGGAUCACAGGGAGGUCAUUAUCGACCUGAUGUCUGGCCGCGCCCGAGGGAAUUCAUGCCCGAGAGGUGGCUCGUUAAGGAUGGCGAUCCUUUGUUUCCGAUGAAAGACGCCUGGAGACCAUUCCAGCAAGGGCCUCGGAACUGCAUUGGCCAGGAGCUGGCGUUAAUGGAGCUCAAGCUGGUGCUUGUCUUUUGCGCGCGUACGUUCGAUAUCGAGCAGGCAUGGGAUGAGUGGGAUAGGAUAAGACACAACACGGGACCGAAGGAUAUGGUCAAUGGAGAGCGAUUGUACAUGGUUGGCGAUGGAACCGGGCAUACGAAGGAUGAGACGCCUAACGCUCAAGGUUGCUCAAGACGUCACUUCUCUGUGGAAGUUGAGAUGGGCUACAAAUAUCCCGACUAA